UAUUCUCACUUUGCUCUCAGCUUUUUGCCUAUAAAGGUCCAAUCAUCCAACAACACAAACAUCACAAGCUUGCAUACAUUACACUGAGCAAGUAACCAUCACCCACCAGUUCUCUGCUAAAAUGGCUUCCAUUCCUCCUGCAACUUCCACCCCCAGGAGGCUUGAAGGAAAGGUGGCACUGAUAACUGGUGGAGCUAGUGGCAUUGGCGAGUGCACCGCCAGGAUAUUUGUCCAACAUGGUGCUAAAGUUGUAAUAGCAGAUGUCCAAGAUGAGCUCGGCCACAAUCUUUGCCAAGAAUUUGGAUCCGAUGAAAUCAUCUCUUAUGUUCACUGCGAUGUGACUAGCGACUCUGACGUAAAAAACGCUGUGGAUACUGCCGUCUCUAAGUAUGGAAAACUAGACAUCAUGUUCAACAACGCUGGAGUUUCAGGCAGCCCUGGAGCAAACAUCCUGGGAUCUGACAACGAAGAAUUCAAGAAGGUGUUUGAUGUGAACGUCUACGGUCCAUUCUUGGGAGCCAAGCACGCUGCAAGGGUGAUGAUCCCAGCCAAAAAAGGUUGCAUACUUUUCACUUCAAGCGCAGUUUCUGUUUGCUGCGGUGAAUCUUCGCACGCAUAUGCAGCAUCGAAGCACGCAGUGGUGGGGCUUGCCAAGAACUUGUGUGUGGAGUUGGGGCAAUACGGAAUAAGAGUUAACAGUAUCUCUCCAUUUACUGUUGUGACUCCAAUGAUGAAGAAUCUCUUGGGGAUACAGAACAAGAGAGAGGCGGAGGAAUUUAUUUCAUCGAUUGGGAACUUGAAAACAGUGAUAUUGGAACCAGAAGACAUUGCAAAUGCAGCUCUGUAUUUAGCAAGUGAUGAGUCUAAGUAUGUGAGUGGGAUGAAUUUGGUGGUUGAUGGAGGCUAUCACGUCACCAAUCCAUCGUUUGCAAUUGCUAUGAGAAACUUAUACUCUUGAGAUAUGGUUGAUGAAGACGCUGGUGCUUUCAGCGAUUUUCUCCUUUUUCUACUAUUCUGUUUUUUUCCUCCUUCUGUGAUCAAUCAUGUAUGCUUCUUUUAAACCCCAAUAUAAUAACAAAAUGCUUAAUAAUAAAGAUGAUGAUGAGAUUCGAAGA